CCACUGUUGGAGAGGGAGAUAUGCCAGGGGGCUGGAAUGCCUCCUCUGACAGCCCGGAACUGCCAGCUGCAGGGAUCAUCGUGCCUGUCAUCUUCUCCCUCAUCUUUCUUCUGGGCACUGUGGGGAAUGGACUGGUGCUGGCCGUGCUGCUGCGGAACGGCCAAGUGAAGUACAACACCACCAACCUCUUCAUCCUCAACCUGGCCAUGGCUGACCUCUGUUUCAUCAUUUGCUGUGUCCCCUUCCAAGCCACCAUUUACACACUCGAUGGGUGGCUCUUUGGGGCCUUUGCCUGCAAGGCUGUGCAUUUCCUGAUCUACCUCACCAUGUACGCCAGCAGCUUCACCCUGGCUACAGUCUCCAUUGACAGGUACCUGGCCAUUCGCUAUCCGCUGAAGUCCCGGGAUCUCCGCACUACCCAAAAUGCAGGAGUGGCCAUUGUAGUGAUUUGGUUGCUAUCACUACUCUUUGCAGGGCCUUACCUCAGUUACUACCAGAUUGUCCAUUACCAUGGGGUGCCCAUCUGCGUCCCUGUCUGGGAGGACCAACGCCGAAAGAUUCUGGACAUCCUUACGUUUGUAGUUGGAUACCUCUUACCCGUGACUGUAGUGAGCCUGGCAUACGCCAGGACCAUCAAGUUCCUGUGGACCUCUGUAGACCCUAUUGAGAGGAUCUCAGAGUCCCGAAAGGCCAAACGUAAGGUCACCAAGAUGAUUGUGGCUGUGGCCAUCCUGUUCUGCCUCUGCUGGCUUCCACACCAUCUGGUUAUCCUGUGCUUCUGGUUUGGCCACUUCCCUUUCAACCGAGCCACUUAUGCCUGCCGCCUGGCUUCCCACUGCCUUUCGUAUGCCAAUUCCUGCCUCAACCCUAUUGUCUACGCGCUCGUCUCCAAGCAUUUCCGAAAGCGUUUCAAGCAGGUCUUCACCUGCUUGUUCUUCCAGAACAAGAACAGGAAGAAGAGAACUGGAAAUAAAGUUCAUAUGGUCGCUGUGGGCAAAGGUGUCACUAACAGCACUGGAGGCUUCUAUGGAGGCAACGCUGAGCUGACUCAGGUCCCAAAGGAGAACAAUAGGAAGAGGGACCCUGAAGGCGCCAACCGUGCCAGAGCAUGGACUCACCAGCUACAAGAAGUUCAGAAGGAGCUGCUAGAGGAGGAAAUCUUGGUAACAGCUGGCCAUCCCUUAGCCAAGAACCCUCCAAGAAGGCCUCAAGAGUGUCUGGCUGUUGAUUACAAAUGAGCAAAUGCAUCUCGGAAUGGCACAAUCCACCAUAUCAAUGCAGAGCAGAGGGACAUGUUAAUGUGAUGACAUUUCUCACAAUCUGGGGGCAGUCCAAGUCCACCUCCCCUUCUCUGGCUCCUGCAUCCAGAUCAAAGAGCGCCACUGCACUUUACCACGCUGAGUCUGUACCAACAGCUUGGUUAUACAACCUCUGCAGAACUCACUGGUCAUAGCUCAAUGACACCACCAUGCCACAGCAGGUGAAGAACUGAAAGGCUGUUGUGCCCUCCCUGUGUACCCAUGGCUUCUCUGCAGCUCAAAAGGGAAAGGACCAUCAGUCCAGUCUCUCCCCCUGGCCCUGCCCUUCCAGAAAAUACUCAAUGGAAGAGGUUUCCUAGAGCUCUGCCCUGCUUAGUCUUUGAUCUUGCAAGCAGAUACUGCAGGACACUGUCCACUUCCUUGUGCUGCUUGCAGUUCUGAAAUAUUUCUUGGCGGUUAUCCUCAGUUCUUCCUAAGCAACCCUCACAAAUCCUCCUCCCACCAUGUUGUUCCAUCUGAUUAAUCUCUGCUUUAUUUCUGUUCGCCUUUUGCAAAUUCCUGAAGGACUGCUGCCUCCUCUUUGUUCUUUAUGUAGAGUUUCAUCCCUUCCUUCAGGGGCCGUUGCUCUCUGAGCAGUGAUGUAAUUCAGCAGUAUUAGCCCUGUUUGUGUGCUUUACUGACUUGGCAAGAUAUUCUUUUCCAUAAAAUGAAAAUCAUGAUUGGACUCGUGUGCAUUUGGCUCAAUCUUAAAUCCUCUCUGUUCUUUUCUGUGUGGUGGAGAGAGCUUCCAGGAGGGUGCAAUGCCACCACCACUCAAAGGGCUGGAACAUCUUCCACAGCAUUCCUCACUGCAGGAUUGCUGUGGGUCUGAUGUUCUCCUGGGAGCCCAAUUUCCCAUUUGUUGUUCCUCAUUGGCCUCCUUGUCUUGAACAGCUGUAGAAGAGCUUUUGGUUGCAGUAGCUGCUGAAUGACCCCCUAUAGUAGAGUGGAGUGUCUUUCCAAACCUGACCAUGGGAAGAAUGGGAAUUGCUUUGGGGAUGGGGGGGCAAGAAGUCAGAUUCACAGAGGGUGCUGGAAUUUCUCCCUAUCAUAACCUGAAUAAAGCCCAGCAAUUUCCUUCUCCUGAUAAGUUUGAUGUGUGCUGAAUGCAAACUCUGCCAGUGUAGCAUGGACUGCUGGAGGCUGUACGAGCUUGUGGGAGUCCUUCAUGGGGACAAAAAGGGAUGGUGAGAUGGUAGGGCAGAGGGGCAAGGAGCAGAAGGGAGGACAAGCAGGCACACAGCAUGCGUUGUGCACGGAGAUAACCCUCCCAGCAAAGCCCUAUGGGAGGGGAUACGAGGACCAAAUGCUGCAGCAGACUCCAGGCUGUGGGAAAUCUGCACGGAGUGCACUGCUCACUUCAUAGCUAAUUCAUACAGAGGGAAUAAUGCUGGGAGCCCCAGCUGGCAGAGAGGAGCCAUUUACUGCCAACCUACUGCCAAGCGCCUGUGCCAAAUUCUAAAUCACUGGAGGCAGUGCAGCUCAGUCAGCUCUGUCCUGAGCUGCACAGGCACAAUGUCCUUGCUUGCCCCCGUGCACAGUGGGACCUUUGAUAAGCAGCUGGAAGCUGCAGUAUCAGGUGAAGAGCUUACAGCCCUGUCCUUGUCCUUUGACACUCUCAGAGCUAUGGGCACAAUAUGAAAGGGAUGAGGGGACAUGCAACAAUGGGAACAUGGCUUUGCAGAGCCCUGCUAUGCACAAGCCAUGCAGCAGAUCUAUAAGCUCUCCCUAUCCUUCUUUUCUUGCCCUCCCCUACUUCUGCUUGUGUGAAUCUUCCCUUAUUGCUUGCUCUGCUCACUUGUCAAAUUCCCAGGUGAUGCGGCAUUUCGAUGUGUGCUGACGCUGUAGCACAGCUCAGCAGCAAGGACACCCCUUUCCCUAUGCUGGAGACAAUCUGGUUGCUGCACUGGGGAUUGUUUUUCUUUUCAUACUCAAGCACUUGAUGUUUUCUGCACCUUGAACCUCCCACAUCUCUCGUUGUGCUGGAACAUGUGCAUUGUUUCUAGAACUGUGGCUGCAUUUCACAGCCCAAAGCAUUGGAGAAAGAAGGGAACAGCAGUCGAGAAUGGUGAUGCUCUGACCUUGCUCCCUUCUAAUAAAGGGUGAAACCUAAAUAACAUGGGACAAAAAGGAUGGGGGAAACCUGGGGAGAAGGCAUGUUUAGCACCUCUGCAAAAUGUGGCUCCCAUUCAUUCAUUCUGCCUGGGUCUAAGAGCCUGCAUUUUUUGGGGAGCACGUGAACAAGAAGCUUGAUAGCCAAGAGGGAAUUCCAGUCUGCCCAGUAACAACACACAUGCUUCAACUGGUCCAACAGCUUAAAGGCAGAAGCAAAGAAAAGGUAUUAUGUCCUUAAUAUAAAGCUGUCACUAAGUAAGGUCAAAGGAGCUCAAAUGCUGUUCUCACACAGUCUCCCCUCCAGACUGAUUAGCAAUCAGCAGUCUCUGCUCCCAGCUUUUCAACUUAAUUAAUGAUUACUUGUCAUCACUCAGACUGAUGAGCUCGGCUUUAAACUUGCGGGGGCUGCCAGACCUGGGACAUGCUGAGCAUGGGGCAGCAGGGACAGAAGCAGAGAGGGGAGAUCCAAUGGAAGAAGGAAAAAGAUGAUUGAAGAGCCCCUGGGUGAGCUAUUAGCCCUGUCUUCUUUAUCGGCUUCUUAAUCAAAACUGCUGAUUCUCCCACCUUGUCAUCCACUGCCUGGGGCUGCUCUCCCAUGCUGCCCGGGUGUAGUGUACAAAGAAAGCAUCUUACUGCCUCUACCUUUCUGUGACAGAAAAGAUUAAAUCCAUCUCACUCAUUGAAGAGUGGAGGAAGCAGAUGAAAGGCUGGAAGGUUUGCAGGGAUGCUUCACGGGGCUUCCUUAGCAGCACAGAGGAUAAUUACUGUGAUGGAUUUGGAGUCUGCUAGAAAGGCGAAAGUGAAGGAAGUAAUGGAGUUCAGAUGUUGGCUUGAUACCCUGGAGCUUAAUUAUCUCAACUGCUGAAGACUGAAAGGCAACAGAUUCUUGGUGUUUGUGCAUACCGCAGCACGCUUUGCAUUCACUGGCGUGGGCGAGCAGCUGCUGCAGAGAAAGACCCUUUGCUUAACAACAUCCAUGACACUUUAUUGGGAGGUUUGUACACAGCUAUUGCUUUUGCUUGAAAGAGCCAGAUCCCGAGCCUGGCUGGUUUUGUCUGUGUCUUACAGCAUGUGCACUCUGUGCAGGGUUGAGGGACUGGCGAGGUCACUGCUGGGCUCAGUGGCUGUGGGUACAGCGUGUCACUGCAGAGCCGUGCUGUGAAUGAAGAGGGAAACAGAAUGCAUGUGGAGGACAGGCAGUGGUGAGCAAGGCCUUGGGUCAAGUCCUGUCUGCCAGGGAACACUGCCAGUGUGGCCCAGAGGGGGAUUCAAAACACGGUGCUUAGCAUUGGAAAGCAAGGGAAAAGGGAGGUUGAGCAAAGUGUAAUGUCAACAUAGCGGAGGGAAGACAGUGGCGUUGUUUGCAUUGUUACUGCAACAGACACCUCUGGAAUAAAUUGAAAGCAAGGGAAAUAGUCACUGCUGCCCGCUGCACCCCUGCCUUUUCACUCCAAGCGUACAGUCAAGAGCAGUCAUGGAAAAACUCCAGCACCAGGCAAACAAAGACUUGAAGAGUUGUGGGCAGCAACGUCCUGAGCACUUAAGCUAAAAGCUUAGCUCUGAAUCUUAGCUAAGUGUGUUCCUGGUGGCAAGGAAAGCUUUCAAGCUGCAUCUAGUUUGCAGACAUCAUCAGCAGCCAAGGCAACUGCAAUGAUAAGAGCACCCCAGCCGCCUGCUCUUUGGCACCUUAAUGGUCUCCUCAGCAACAAGGUUGUUGACUGCCAAGUGUACGUGGAUAUGAAGCUUAGGCUGACGCAAUGACAGAAAGAGAGAACAGGACAGGCUGAACACAGAGGUCACCUGCUCCUCACCCAAGGACCACAUUGUAAAGCCCCUGCCCAGAUGUCAACCCAGGGGCUGAAGUGCUGGGGAGGAAAAGCUCUUCACAGCGCGGCCACUUUUCUGCGCACAGGGCAAGGCACAAGUGCAACCACUUUAUCCCCACCAGCUCCACACUUACACAGGAGCACAGACUGGGCAAGGCUGCUUUUCCUCUUCACAAAGCAUGCCACCUCCCAGCUAGAUGCAGUCCCCCCAAGAUUCUCUUUCCCUCUGUUUGUACAGUAUCACAGCAACUAACUAGAUUUUAAGUUUGGAUUUCUUGGCUGUGGGAGUCGAGAUCAGAAGGUGAGUCAGCAGCUGUGUACUCUGGUCUGCAAACAGGCUGGUGUUUGAAUUCAAACAAUUUUGUGUUGUCACUUCCAAUUUCAGUACCACAAUUGGGAAUAAGCAGU